GAGUGGGUUUUCCUGAAUGAGAGGAUAGGGGGCGGAGUUGAUCAACACCAUCUUACCUAAACUACUUUCCUAAUGUUAAGAGAGAGAGAGAGAGAGAGGGAGCAGAGUUGAGGGUCUUCAUUUUAUCCAGACAGUGUCUAACGCGUGGUUAGUGUGCGGAGCACAACAGUCCGUUGUCUAGGGCAUGACGGCGACUAGCCAUGCAUAAACAGACAGGGCAGACAGACAACAGGAAAUAAUGGGCUCCAGCUAUACCUCAUAAACAACCAGCUUGUUGUUCUGUUCAUGUUUUAUCCAGCCAGUCGCUGUCUGAGUUGACCGAGUAUCGACCGUUCGCAUCUAGUCUCAGUCUUCUUUCCAUAUUUUCUCUUCAUCUCUCCUCUCUUUUUCUUCUUCGCCAUGGGAUGUUCUUCGUCCAGCACACAGACUGUCGAUGAGGAGAAGAGACCGGGGACAAAACCCGAGGAGUCCAACGGAGACACAUUUGUUGUCGGGAAUGGUCACAUCUCGGAGGACACGGAGACCAUCGCUGACCAGAUGCAGCUUCCUGUCCAGAGUGCCCUGACUGAUGACUCUGAGGAACCCGUCAUCAUGGCCUCAGAGGCCCUGGAGACCAUGGGGUCUGGAUGGGAGGAGGACCAGGUCCUGGAGAUGCUGGCUGCAGCCGAGCCAGAGGUUCCCCCUGAAGCCCCUGCUGAGGCUGCAGCUGUAGUUGCAGAGGUCCCUUCAGAGGCUGUGUUCUUAGUAGAGGCUGUGGUCCCAGUGGAGGUGGUGGCCCCUGUUGAGGCUGUCGUGGUUGAGGCCGCUCCUGUGGCAGAGGCUCCUGCUGAGACAGUGGUGUCUGAGGAGUCCCCUGUUGUUGAAACUGGAGCUGCAGUGGAGGUGGCUACCCUUGUCGAGGCAGCUGCACCUGUGGAAGCUGCUGCCCCAGUCGAGGUGGCUGAAACUGUCCCAGAGGCUGCUCCAGCCCCGACAGAGGAGACCCCAGCUCCAGCCCCGACAGAGGAGACCCCAGCUCCAGCCCCGACAGAGGAGACCCCAGCUCCAGCCCCGACAGAGGAGACCCCAGCUCCAGCCCCGACAGAGGAGACCCCAGCUCCAGCCCCGACAGAGGAGACCCCAGCUCCAGCCCCGACAGAGGAGACCCCAGCUCCACCCCCGACAGCGGAGACACCAGCUCCAGCCCCAAAAGAGGAGACCAAAGAUGCUCCAGCCCCUGUGGCCGCUGUCCCUGAGCCAGUAAUCCCUGCUGCUGAGCCUGUGGCCGCUGUCCCAGAGGGGGCCCCCGCUGUGGAGGCCCCUGUACCCAGUGGCCUCAUAACUGACCUUGUUGUUGCUGCUGAGCCUGCAGCAGAGCCAAUAACCACCCCUGUGGCUGUGGAGGCCCCUGUAGCAGCCGUUGCCAAUGAGCCUGUAGAGGCCCCAGGACCAGUGGAGGCCCCAGGUGAGGUGACAGCUCCAGCCCCAGAGCCUGCAGUAGAGACUCCUACCCCUGCUCCCGAAGCCGCCCCUGAGCUAACACCAGCCGCCCUUGCUCCUGCUCCCUCAGACGCCCCUACCCCUGCCCCAGAGCUAACACCAGCCACCCCUGCUCCUGUGGCCCCGCCUACUCCUGCCCCAGAGCUAACACCAGCCACCCCUGCUCCUGUGGCUCCGCCUACUCCUGCUAUCUCAAUCCCAGAGAUUGAUGGUGUUCCGGUGGUUGUGUCGGAGGUGGCACAGGAAGCAGCGGCCUUGGUGUUGGCUGGAGUGGCACAGGAAGCAGAGAAAGACAAGAAACAGAACUAAGAAGAGAGGUCAAACUGAGGAGGCCGCUGUGGCCUGGGAAACACAACCUUCUUGGAUAAAACCUCCGUUUUUACAUUCAGAGACGAUUUGUAGAUAAGAUGCACAACCCAAAGACCAGGAAGUUAAAAACACACAUACACUAAUCUGCUACAACGAUGACAGACCAGGAAGUUAAAACACACAUACACUCAUCUGCCACAACGAUGACAGACCAGGAAAUUAAAACACACACACACUCAUCUGCUACAACGAUGACAGACCAGGAAGUUAAAACACACACACACUCAUCUGCCACAACGAUGACAGACCAGGAAGUUAAAACACACACACACAAUCAUCUGCCACAACGAUGACAGACCAGCUCAAUACAUAUUCCUGUCAGGGUGUGUCCCAAAUGGCACCUAAUUCCCUGAUGAGGGGAUAAGGUGUAAUUUCAGACGGAGAGUCUUGUCACCAAAGUGCCUUCCCAUCCUGGAAAUAUGGAUGGGUCACUUUUCUUCUUCUAUUGGCAAUAACAUUAAAAGAGAAUUACCAUGUAACCUGGAGACACCUGGGCUUCCAACCAUGUAACCUGGAGACACCUGGGCUUCCAACCAUGUAACCUGGAGACACCUGGGCUUCCAACCACGGAACCUGGAGACACCUGGGCUUCCAACCAUGUAACCUGGAGACACCUGGGCUUCCAACCAUGUAAUCUGGAGACACCGGGGCUUCCAACCAUGUAACCUGGAGACACCUGGGCUUCCAACCAUGUAACCUGGAGACACCUGGGCUUCCAACCAUGUAACCUAGAGACACCUGGGCUUCCAACCAUGUAACCUGGAGACACCUGGGCUUCCUACCAUGUAGCCUGGAGACACAUGGGCUUCCAACCAUGUAACCUGGAGACACCUGGGCUUCCAACCAUGUAACCUGGAGACACCUGGGCUUCCAACCAUGUAGCCUGGAGACACCUGGGCUUCCUACCAUGUAACCUGGAGACACCUGGGCUUCCAACCAUGUAGCCUGGAGACACCUGGGCUUCCAACCAUGUAGCCUGGAGACACCUGGGCUUCCAACCAUGUAACCUGGAGACACCUGGGCUUCCUACCAUGUAACCUGGAGACACCUGGGCUUCCAACCAUGUAACCUGGAGACACCUGGGCUUCCAACCAUGUAACCUGGAGACACCUGGGCUUCCAACCAUGUAACCUGGAGACACCUGGGCUUCCAACCAUGUAACCUGGAGACCCCUGGGCUUCCUACCAUGUAGCCUGGAGACACCUGGGCUUCCAACCAUGUAGCCUGGAGACACCUGGGCUUCCAACCAUGUAGCCUGGAGACACCUGGGCUUCCUACCAUGUAACAUGGAGACACCUGGGCUUCCAACCAUGUAACCUGGAGACACCUGGGCUUCCAACUGAACUCUCCGACUCCCAAUAACCUGGAGCCACCUGGGCUUUCAACUGAACUCUCUGACUCCCAAUAACCUGGAGCCACCUGGGCUUUCAACUGAACUCUGACUCUCUCUAACAGACAGCUGUGUUGAAGCCAAACGAUGCACUACUUUAGCAACAAACUGUGAAGUUGAGGUUCAGAGACAGACUACACGGUCACUUUAAGGUUGUCAAUAUGGAGUCAACGUUGUGUUGAACAGCUUCUCGGUGGGAGAAUGUUUCAUAAUAAAUACUACUUGACUUUUACUAGCUGCUCUGAAAGAGGAAGACAAGCCAAACAAUCUAACAAACUGUUCUUCUGGACUAGACUGGACCCCGCUGAUGUGGAACUCAACCUAACAAACUGUUCUUCUGGACUAGACUGAACCCUGCUGAUGUGGAACUCAACCUGUUCUUCUGGACUAGACUGAACCCCGCUGAUGUGGAACUCAACCUGUUCUUCUGGACUAGACUGAACCCUGCUGAUGUGGAACUCAACCUGUUCUUCUGGACUAGACUGAACCCUGCUGAUGUGGAACUCAACCUGUUCUUCUGGACUAGACUGAACCCUGCUGAUGUGGAACUCAACCUGUUCUUCUGGACUAGACUGAACCCUGCUGAUGGGGGACUCAACCUGUUCUUCUGGACUAGACUGAACCCUGCUGAUGUGGAACUCAACCUGUUCUUCUGGACUAGACUGAACCCUGCUGAUGUGGAACUCAACCUGUUCUUCUGGACUAGACUGAACCCUGCUGAUGUGGAACUCAACCUGUUCUUCUGGACUAGACUGAACCCUGCUGAUGGGGGACUCAACCUGUUCUUCUGGACUAGACUGAACCCUGCUGAUGUGGAACUCAACCUGUUCUUCUGGACUAGACUGAACCCUGCUGAUGUGGA